AUGCUUUUAGGUCUUCAAGGUUUUUUUGAGCGCGAUAGUGAACCUUCCAUUUUUCCGGAAAUCAGUUUGUUUAUUCUCAUCGCUGCCGGGAAAGGGCAGCCCAGUGCCUGUUCACGAAAACACUCUUGUGGUACGCUAGGCAACUCUGCCGCACAGGCGUCGUUUCAGAAUAGUAUAACUACCACACCACUGCGAAGGCUGAAGGAUUUACACCCUGACCCUUUCUACAAAGCCCACACUUCAACGGAGGAGGCAGAUGCGUGCCAUCGAGGAAUCGGGUUUUCAGGGCUAUACGGCGCCGAGACAUCCGACUGCGAUAGCCCAUCUUCCCUGAUAAACGCUACUUUUAAAUGGAUAGAAGAGAAUAUCAAGGAUGAAAUCGAUUUCAUUCUUUGGACGGGCGAUUCCUCUCGACACGACAAUGAUAUAAAAAUUCCACGCACUCAAGAAGAGGUCCUCAAAUCAAAUCAGUGGAUUGUUAGCAAGUUCCUCGAGGUUUUCGGUAAAGAAGAAGAUCCGAGCGAACUCAUCAUUCCUAUAGUGUCCACAUUCGGUAACAAUGAUAUGCUACCUCACAAUGUCAUGUUGGCUGGUCCGAAUCAAUGGCUAGACACAUACGCAAGCAUGUGGAGCAGCUUUAUACCCAAAGACCAGAUACCUGAUUUUCAGAAAGGCGGAGGCUACGUUGUCGAAGUUAUCCCAGGGAAUCUAGCUGUGCUGAGCUUGAACACUAUGUACUUCUUCACCCACAAUGUUGAAGUGAAUGGUUGUUCAGACCAAUCAGAUCCCGGAUAUGGACACAUGGAAUGGUUUAGAGAACAGCUUCAGCUCAUUCGCGAAAAAGGCCUAAAGGUUAUUAUUGUCGGCCAUGUUCCUCCCGCAAGGACCCCGAGUAAGACUCUUUGGUAUGAAACAUGCUGGCAGAAAUAUACUCUGUGGCUACAGAAAUAUCGGGAUGUAGUGAUAGGAGGGUUUUUUGGGCAUAUGAACAUCGACCAUUUCUUACUUCACGAUACAAAAGAUAUAUCUAUCGAUAUCAUUGAUGGCGAUAAAAUUAGCUCAAUGCGCACUAUGAUGGACGAGGAGCUUACUAUUGAGUCCACUAACGAUUACCUGAGAGAACUCCGAAAACAAUGGACAAAGCUACCGACCCAAGUUUCUACACUUCAAUAUCCAAAUGAGAGUGAUAAUCCAUACAAACAUCUAGAAAGGCCUGAGAAUUCUUUAAAAGACAUAGGUGGACCUUGGGGCGAGAGGUAUCAAAUCAGUUUUGUUAGCCCAAGUGUUGUUCCAAACUUUUUACCGACUCUCCGUGUAAUGGAGUACAAUAUAUCCGGUCUAAACUCGGAUAAGACAUGGGACGAAAUGAGAACCCACGCCAUGGGAUUAGUAAAUUGGCCUAAGGCAGAAGCUGAUCAUAAACCAAAUACUUUCAGCGUUAAUAGCAAGAUAGAGGAAAAAUCCAGAUCCAACGCACAUCCUGGCCUUAGAAAUUCCAAAGUAAACAUACCAUCUCCACCUUCCAAAACUUCAUUGCCAGGACCUGCCUACUCGCCACAGACCUUUACUCUUUUAGGUUACACGCAGUAUUUUGCCAAUUUAACCGAUCUCAACAAUGACAGUGCACAGCGGGAUGAGGAAAUCAAGAUCAGUAAGUGGUUACCAGGCAGGAACCGGGGCAAAAUUCCAAAGCAUGAGCCGAGACCUAAAAAAUUUGAAUAUUGCGUGGAAUACGAUACAUCUACAGACACGCUAUAUAACUUAAAGGAUUUGACUGUACGGAGCUAUCUCAAGCUUGCUCAACGAAUGGGAAAUCUUAAGCCCAAAAAAUCUGAUCACGCUCCUUUUUCUCCAGCUGGAGGUAAUAGAAACGUUUAUUCGGAUAAAUAUAGACAGGAGUCGGCUGAGAUAAUGAAAAAACAUCGAUCUAAUAAAGGUCCGAAGAAAGUUAUAAAAAACAAAGUAUGGUUGCGGUUUAUUUGGCGUGCCUUUGUGGGUACCUUGGAAGAAGCAGACAUAAAGGUGAUUCAGGGCGACUCUAUCUCGGAAAAGAAUAGUCUAGAUCCGUAUGAAGAUGAAUUAUGA